CUCCUCCCGCAGAAGGAGCCGCUCUGAGCCGUGGCUGUUUUGGAUCUCUGCGCUCACACUUCCACUUCCCCGGGCUCCUCCUGCACCUCUCAGCGGACAAAACACACCGGCACAGCGGACCCCCGAGGCCCACGAACGACCCGCCGCCUGCCCGCGCACGAUCCGACUCCCGCCUCUGCCAGAUCCGCACUUUUAUUCGCACUAAAAGCGACGCCAUGGAGCCUGGUCAAGACAUCAACCUGAACUCUCCAAACAAAGCCGUGGGUGUGGAUGGAGCUGGCAGUCUGGACAUGCCCGCUCAUGUGGAGGGGGGGGCCAUGGGCAGCUCUAACCCUCUGCCCCCCGGACUCACCGAGGAGGAAGCCGAGGAGCUGAGGACGGAGCUCGCCAAGGUGGAGGACGAGAUCAUCACUCUGCGUCAGGUGUUGGCGGCCAAAGAGCGCCACUCCACAGAGCUGAAGAGGAAAUUGGGGCUCAGUCCUCUCGUGGAACUCAAGCAGAACCUGAGCAAAACCCUGCAGGAUGUCCAGACCUCUAACGCAUAUCAGUCAGCCACUGCCACUUGGGACGACAUUACCCAUACCGAAGCGUAUAAGAAGACCCAGGAGACGCUCUCUCAGGCGGGACAGAAGACCACCGCAGCUCUGUCCACGAUGAGCACCGCCAUCAGGAAGGGACUCGGAGACAUGAGAAACUCGGCCACUUUCAAGUCCUUCGAAGACAAAAUGGGCAACCUGAAGUACAAAGUCGUCGGCCCCAAGGGCAACGGUGAGGCCACAAGCGAGACCGAGACCACUCCCACUCAGGAAAACCCGCCCUUCUGAACCGGACCCCGCUCGGACUGUACUGUUCUCACCUCUGACCUCUGACCUCCGACCUCUCACUCCUCCCACUCCUCUUCCUCCUCCUCGCUUUAACCACGCCCCCGGCCGACACCACGCCACGUACGCACCACCGGGGGGAGCUGUCCGUGAGGGUCUCGGCUCUGGACCCUCGGGCCCGGUUCCUGUUCCAGCUCUGCUCAGUGAAUACAAACGGCAUUAUCUCACAUUGUCAAAUCAUACGGGGCAUCUGAUUUAAUUUUAACGGGAUUUAACGGGGAACGACGACAGCCAGUCUGCAUCAAAACUGUAGAGCUGUGGUUUAUAGCGGAUUCAGGAGCCAAAAAUUAACAACAAAAAUAGAUUCAACUAGUAUUUUUAGGGCUUUAUUUUUUUGUUUUGAAUUGUCCAAAAUGUGAACUCAAGUCUAAAAUCUGAAUAAAUCUCAAAUCUGGUGCACUGCGGAACAUUUCUAGUGGAGGGUCCACCGAUUGCCUGUCUCCAUGGAGUUUUUAAUUUAUUAUUUUUUAACUAGAUUAAACCGGAAAACGAGCAGGUUACAGCACUACUCUACAUUACGGUUCAGAUCUGUGGAGAGUGAGUCAAACCUAUUCACAGAAGGAAUUAUUGUAAUUGAGGAUUUUGGAUUUAAUUUCAUACCGUGGAACAUUCCAGAGACGGCAAUAACAUCCACAUGGAGACGAGCAAUUAGUGGACCCCUAGACACCUUUUAAAGUUUUUGUUGUUUUUUAGACUACCGUAUUUUCCGGACUAUAAGUCGCACCAGACUAUAAGUCUCACCAGCCAAAAAAUGCAUAAUGAAGAAUGAAAAAAACAUAUAUAAGUGGCAUUUUUGGGGGAAAUUUAGUUUAUAAAAUCAGAGAUCAAGAACCGACAUUUCAUCUUAAAGUCAAGUUCUAGUAAAAACAAUAGAAUAGAGAACAACAGACUGUUAACGUCACAUAUGAACAGUUCUUAAGAUAACUAUAAUAUAAACAACAGAACAAGUUUACCAAACUCUCAAUCUCACUCCAAAUCACUAAAUCCAUUCAAUUCUUCAUCCACGGUGUCACUUCUGAGCAACUCCAGCUAAAUCUAGCUUUGAGACUGUGAUUAGGUUUUUUUGUUUUCUUCAUUGCAGUUAGAGCAGAGGUCUCAAACUCAAAUUCACAGUGGCCAAAAUUAAAAACUGGGAGUACAUCAUGGGCGAAACUAAAUAUUUAUUGAAAAAUUUCAACAACAUCUGCAUGUUUUCUCUUCUUUUGAGAAAUGUAAUGUUAAACCUUUUCUUAUUAAAAUAAAUGUUUAAUAAGAGUUUUGCUUAAAAAGUGAAUCCAAAACAAGCAAAAUAUAAAAUAAUAACUACGUUUUAAAUGUCUCUAUAGUCUAUUUGUAACCGGUGGGCAGCUCUAAUACAUAUUUGAUAUGAUCUCGUGGGCCAAAUUUGGUCCCUGGGCCCGAGUUUGACAUGUCUGAGUUAAAGUAUCCACCACUUUUUCCCAGUCCCUCACAAAUUUCUCGUUUACUCCAAAAUUACCAUUUUUGGCUGAAUAUUUCACAACUUUCAGCAGGACAGAGGCUCUUUCUGCAGGAGACAUGCGCAGUAGAGCAAAGUGACAGUGGUACAGGAGGAACAGGAGCAGCAGAUACUGACACACAAGACUAGAGCGCCCUCUGUUGGCCGUCAGUGUGAAAAUAACAACCAUGCAAAAUGAUAUAUUUUAAUAUAUAAGUCGCACCUGAGUACAAGCUGUAGAACCACCCAAACUAUGAAAAAAGUGAGACUUAUAGUCCAAAAAAUACGGUACUUAUUUCACUAAAACAUUUAUAUUUAAGAUUUCCCUAAAAAAUCUGAAGUAAAAACAAAACAAAUAACAAAAUUGGCCCCGCUUCCUAUUAAUUUACACUAGAGGGGUCAGGCUUCUUACACUGGGCCCCCAAAUUUCUGUCAACGGCCCUGCUGUUAAGUACCAAUAAUAUAUUAACAAGAGCCAAAACUUGUCUAAAUUUCACUAAUUUCACUUAAACUAAUAAAAAUGAAUUACGAUGCCUUUAUUUUGUUAAAUGGAGGUUUAAAGUGACACAAAAAUGCCAAAAAAAAAUAGAAAUGAAACUGGAAAUACCUGGAAUUUGGAAUUUUUUUGGUGUAAAUUCACUACAGAAAAAUAAUCUAUUGUUUAUUCUACACAAUGGAAUCUGCUAUAAAGCUCUCUACGGAACUUUUUUUUUUUUUCAUUUAAUUGUCUUUGCUCUCCACACUGUGAACACUUUACUCCUAAAUACUCCUAAACACAGGCCUAUUACUACAACUACUACAAAUAUUACUACAAUACUGCAUGUACAUAUGACAUCUCAGCUGUACCAACCACAAACUACUCAGAAACCCCAACCCGGAUGUGAAGAAAAUCCAUUUUGUAUUAUAAACUAUUUUACACUGCUUUGCAUAAUGUUUUUACAUAACUUUUAACGAUAUGUACAAAUAUAAAAAUGAUGCUCUAUUGUCACCAUUGCUGCGAGCGAGGUUAGGGUUAGGAUAGCAACAUUUACGCUAUGUUUGAGUACACGUGUUUGGUUACUUAUACAGUACUGUGCAAAAAAAUAGAAUAAAAUAAAGAUUGUACACUACAGAUGCAAAGAUGAAUGUGUUUUACAGCUAAUCCUGAUUAUACUGAGCUAUUUUCUGAUCUGUUAUGUUUUUUACAGUGUUUUUCAUCACAAACACAUCUGGAGUUGUUUUGUUUCAUUCACACACGUUUGAUGCAAAAAUCAGCAUAUUUAAGCCGAGUUUUUCUUCUCUCAAGUGGAAAAUACGCUGUUCCACCUUGUGAUGUCACACGGUAAUACUGUAUUCGGUAAUGGAGCCCUACAGCGCAGAGUCCAGUACGGGUCCCAUUUCUGGAGACCCACACCCGCCCGUUAACCCGAGAUUAUAUCAAACUUUUCUGCUGCCUACGCCACGGACUGAACCAAGACUAAACCAGGACUAACCUAGGAUUGAUUUCAGGACUGAACUAGGACUAAAACAGCACUCGCUGUCGGGACGGGCUCGGAGGUGACCGCAGGAGAAAGGACCGGCUCAGCUCUGCAUUUCAUGAAUAUAAACGUGGUCGUUACCCGAUCACACUUUACAGAUGCCCUGCUUCGGUGUUCUCUCUCUUAAAUCCAAGAUUAGACCUGGUUUUAGUCCUGGUUUUAGUCCUAGUUUAGUCCUGACCUGCCUGUGUGAAAUCACUACCCGCCCGUAAAAUUCCAGAAUGUUAAAACCCGCCCAUUUUAGCAACUAUUUGCCCGUAGGUACCUGACCUGGAGCAGGACUCUGCCACAGCCGCGUAACUUCUCCCUUUCUUCAGCGUGUCCAGAAGUCCAACUUUUUGUGUGAUGGUUACAUCUUCCUCUGCCAUUUGGGUGCGACCGCAGGAGCCUUUGUCGGUGCAGAACGUUUCGUCGACAUUGUGGGUUUUGACGGGAAAAAAACUUCUUCAGAAUCUCACUGAUGGAGAUCGAACAUUUAUAUAAAUUUGGCGAACUGAACACAUUCUGUACUGUACAGGAGACAUGGCACGGAGGAGACUGAUUGACGAUGUACAGUUUCUUAGCCAAUCAGGACACAAUACGCACUCAUACACUGUAAAAAAAAAAAAAGUAUGCAAAAUUGUACUAAAAAAAUCCAUGAAACGGCGAGACCGUGAAAGGUGAACCACGAUAGAUUGAGGGACAACUGUACAGGAAGUGCUCCGUACAUCUUCACGAGAAACAUUUAGAUAAAUUCAGCUCUGGAAUUGCCAAACUCUGAAAUGAACAAAAGAAAAAAGCAGAGUUCCAACAGUCAUGGAAAUCGUGGAAUAGUCAUGGAAUUUUAGUAUUUAUUUAGUAUUAGUAACUCCAUUGUUCUGUUAAGUUCUCAUUAGACUAUUAUAAUUAUUUCUGAACGUCUACGCCUUUUGUGUACAAGAGACGACAAUAAAAAAAAUAUGUAAUCCAAAACCAUAAGAUGAGAGGAAAUAGUUAACAUUUCAUAUUUAGCUCUAAAAGUCUGAUCAGUUCUAUGCAUGUAGGUGCUGUAAAGUCAUGGAAAAUUCACUUUAGGUCGUGAAAAAGUCCUGGAAAUGUUUUGAAAUUUUGUCAGUGAAAAAGAGUGGGAACCCUGUAAAAGAAUAUGUUAACUUGAAAACUACAGCUUUGUGACAUUACAAGGUGGAACAGAGCAUUCAAACUUGUGUGAAUGAAACAAAACACGACUCCAGGUUUGUUUUUUGAGGAGGGAACAACAUUAUAACUGAGUUUAAAGCUCACAAGAGUCUUCAUUUUUGCCAGAUGCUUACAGAAUAAUUCAGAAUUUUCAAUAAAAAACUGACAUUAAACUCAAAUAAAAUGAACAAAAACCCAUAAUUAACACAUUUUGUCUGUAAUAAAUUAAAUGUCGCACAAAAUAACUGGAUAAAACUAUGUGGAAUUUGACUUUAGAGCCCCUGCGAAGGCUCUGGUCCCUGGUCCCGUCUCGCAAUCGCCCGGAAUAUUUUUACGCCCGGACUCGUUUAAAACCUGGACCUGUUCGUAAUUAAGGCAUAAAUUCUUCUGUAACAUUUGCACAGUACUGUAUUUUUAAUAGAAAAGUUUAGUUGUAGCCAGUUUAGUUCAUUUGGGCCAUCGAUUUAAAGCACUUCUCAAGGGUCAUUUUUGUUUUGUUUUUUACGUGUAUUGCGUAACUUUUCUGCCAGAGUGUCCGUCAAAUGCGUUUUUCGUGAAGAUGUUUUGCUUCGACUGGAAUUUUUCACACUACGAUGUUAGAUUUUUCUGUCUUAUCUUCACAGACCCCAAACUAGAUCAAUUUACAGGUCAGAUCUGUGGAGAGGCGACCCCGCUCACAAUCAGAAUGAAUGUUUUUCUAAGUAUUUUUGGAGCUAUAAAACCAUCUGUAAUUGAAUAAAUGUAAAGUAGAACUGUUUAAUGCCGUACUGUGGAACAUUCCAAGCAGAGAGCAGUGAUGUGUCCAUAGAAACGAGCAGGUGACAGACGCCCCCCGCCAACCAAAAAGUUACGCAGUGCACCUUUUAAUGCUUAAAGUAAAACGUAUCAGUAAUUUUGAUUUAUAACGAUUCUUAAGCGUAAUUUUUCUCUUUUUUGUUUUGAUUUGUUAUGUUUUUUAUUUUUUAAAAAGGUGCAUUGCGUAACUUUUCUAGUGGAGGGUCUGCCCAGUGCUUUUCUUGUGAAGAUGUUAGUUCUUAGUCUAGAAUGUUUCGCAGUACGACGUUAUGACUUUUCUAUCAAUUUUUGAGCUACAAAACCAUCUGUAAAUGAAUAAAUGUAAAGUAGAACUGUUUAAUGUCACACUGUGGAACAUUCCAGGCAGAGAGCAAUGAUGUAUCCAUAGAAACAAGCAGGUGACAGACCCUUCCUCCAACCAAAAAGUUACACAGUGCACCUUUUAAAGCUUGAAGUUAAACGUAUCAGUCAUUUUGAUUUGUAGUAUUUCUUAAGAGGAACUUUUUUGUUUUUGUUUUUUUAUUUUUUAAAAAGGUGCAUUGCGUAACUUUUCUUGUGGAGGGUCCGCCCAGUGUUUUGUUUUUGUUUGUUUUUUUGAAGAUGUGAUUGCUUCGACUAGAAUGUUUCGCUGUACGGCAUUAGACUUCUCUAUGUAUUUUUGAGCUGCAAAACCAUCUGUAAUUGAUUACCGUAUUUUCCGGAGUAUAAGUCGCACCAGCCAAAAAAUACAUUUUUGGGGAAAUGUGUUUUAGAAAAUCAGAGACCAGGAACCGACGUUUCAUCUUAAAAGUCAAGUUCUAGUAAAAACAAUAGAACAGAGAACAACAGACUGUUAAUGUCACACAUGAACAGUUCUUCAGAUAACUAUAACUUAAACAACAGAACAGAACAAGUUUACCAAACUCUCCAUCUCACUCCAAAUCACUAAAUCCAUUCAAUUCUUUAUCCUCGGUGUCACUUCUGUGCAACCUCAGCAAAUAAGCCAUAGAUCCAUGAUGUAAACAGAGCGCCGCUUCCUCUUCUGUGUCGCUGUCAUCAGACUCAGCAUCAGUUAGAAUUAUUCGGGCCUUUCUGAAUCUCGACAGGAUGGUUUCGGUGUCACUGAAGUCCAGACUCUGACAAUUCAUCCAGUGACUUCAGGAAAGUUUCAUGGUGCAUCCUCCCGGUUGCCGUGAAGCUGUGUUCUUCAUCUCCACUUUCCGUCAGUCCCUCACAAGUUUCUCGCUCACUCCAAACUUUCUUUCUGCUGCUCGAUUAUCGUUUUCGGCUGCAUAUUUCACUAUUUGCAGCAGGACAGCGGCUUUUUCUACAGGAGACAUGCACAGUAGAGCGAAGUGACAGUGGUACAGGAGUAAUAGUCGUAUUAGACACUGACACACAAGACUAGAGCCUCUCGAAACCUCAGUGUGAAAAUUUUAGUAUAUAAGUCGCAGGAAACACCCAAACCAUGAAAAAAAGUGUGAUUUGUAGCUCGAAAAAUACCGUAAAUGUAAAAAUAGCUGUUUAAUGUCACAAUGUGGACCAUUCCAAACAGACCAACGACAUAUCCAUAGAAACAAGCAGCUGACGGACCUUUCCUCCAACCGAAAAAGUUACGCAAUGCACUAAUUUAUUUAAUGCUUGAUUUUGCCAUUUACUGUGCACAAAACCUGAAUGUCGACACAUCUCCACAGGCCUUACUUAAAACGUUUCACCGCUUAAAUAAUUUCAGUUUCGGUUAAAAAAUAAGUUUCGUAAAGUGACGAAAGGGAGCUUGGUUAAGGCUGUUUUCGGAGGGAUAAAACGUAAGAAAUUGGAAAAAUCCGCUUUGCCAAAUGACGCACUCCUGCUGAAACCGUAAAGACGCGACGUAAUCGUAAUGCAUGAGGCCAAAAUUCGCUUAAAAGUUUCAAAUGUUUAUUUAAAUCGCCUCGAAAAGUGAACACACAGCACAGUCGUGUAGCACCGUCACUUUCGCUACUUUCGUUUUUUCUUCGUUUUUUGUACAUUUCCUAGAUAAAUCCUUGUAUUUUUCCCCAAUCUUUGCCGUUUUUUUAAUCCGGCAAAACUCCUACUAUAAUCAAAACGCCAUAUGUAACAUUUUCGCUGCCAAAUCGUACACAGUUUUUGCCAAAAACGGAACGUGUCAAAUGGCUAAAAAUAUAAUCGUUUGCAUUUUUCGAUUGUAGAAUUACGUUGCUAAUUGUUUUACAGCUAUAACAUUUUGUAUCGUCGGCUUUUUUUCCUCGACGUGUGGAAUAUUUAUCGACAAAAACGUCAAUGUUACAGAAAUUCUUGAUAAGUUAGUGCAAAAUAUUUGGGCUUUUAUUAUUUUUAUUAUCAGUUUCUCUUUAAAUAUAUGCUUAUCCUUCAGAUUCGUUGCAAGUGUAAAUUUAAAUGUCAUGUUUUCUGUUUUGUUUUGUCAUCUUGCCGCCUUUUUCUGGGGAAUCUCACGUUGUAAAUUUAAUCUGACGUCUGGAAUAAGUCGCCAUGAUCCAAGUCUGUUACAACGAAACGAUCCCGAUAUUUGCCUUUUAUUUCGUCGGGAUUUUGAUUCGAGACGAGCACGAUGCAAACGGAAAUCACAGCUCAUUUCGUUCUGUUUUAUUUUAUUUUCGAUCCUGGGUUUCUUGGACUCCUGAUCACUUUUGGAGAGACUUUUGAAUCUUCAUGAAUUAUUGUUUUUGCGUUAAAGUACAGCACACAGAGCCAGGCCUGUGUCCGGCUGCUCCUCUGUAGAGAAUAGCUUUAUCUAGGGCCUGGGCCUUUAGCUGAUGUAGAAAAAUAAAGGGAUCAGAAGAUGUGGAAAAUUCUGGUGAUUUAAUUAAAUAAUUUUGGUUUUGUUGUAAAUGUUUGAAUAUCAAUAAAAGGCAUUCCUUUAAAUAA